GUGUAUAUAUAGAUUAAGAUCAGUCCCAAGCGUAUGUCAUUAUUUUUUCUUGCACGAAAUAUCCAUACAUAUCUUUGACGUCUUCUUUGGUUUAAUUCCCAAUAUUAGACAGAAUAUCCCUCUUGUUAUCCUGAUCUACAAUAUUUUUCUUCUGAUAUCAAAUCACCAAUAUAUAUACCUUUCACAUAUUCGACCAAUCUUUAAGUUAACCUCACAAUAUUAAUUAUCUCUAGCUAAUUUGAUCAGAAAUCAGAAAAAAACUAAUUACUUCACCAUGGGGAAUUCGUCAAGUACAACAGAUGUCUCCAACAAAAGGGAGCCUUUGCCCGUUGACUCUAUUUUCAAGCUUCCUUCUGCACUGCCCUCUUUGCCGCCAGGCGAUGGAUUUGCGAGCGGGAGGAUUGAUCUUGGAGGAAUACAAGUUUGCCAAAUUUCGACUUUCAACAAAGUUUGGGCCACCCAAGAAGGAGGACCGGACAAUCUCGGAGCCACCUUCUUUGAGCCGUCGCCGAUACCGGAAGGGUUCCACAUGUUAGGCUGCUAUAGUCAGCCUAACAACAAGCCUCUCUUCGGAUGGGCACUGGCAGCAAAAGACAACAACGAGGGCGGAUCCACCAAUGGAAAUGCUCUAAGUAAACCGGUAGAUUACUCUCUGGUUUGGAGCAGCGAAUCGCUCAAAAUCAAGCAAGACAGCAACGGGUACGUCUGGCUACCAACUCCCCCAGAUGGCUACAAAGCCGUUGGGUUUCUCGUCACGGAUGUGCCCCAAAAGCCAGCACUUGACAAAAUCCGAUGCGUCCGCGCCGAUCUCACCGAGCCGUGCGAGGCGGAGUCGUGGAUUUGGGGAUCAAGCAAGGAGAAUGAUGCCAAAGGUUUCAACAUCUAUAGCCUACGGCCAACCAACCGGGGGACACAAUCCCUUGGCGUUGCUGUCGGCACUUUCUCCGCGCAAAUCGGCGGUACUGAUGCCCUUCCUUCCUCCUUGGCUUGCUUGAAAAAUGCCAAUGAUUCCAACGAAUUACACUCUUCCAUGCCUAAUCUACCCCAGAUUGAGGCCAUUUUCCGAGCUUACGCUCCUAUAGUGUACUUCCAUCCGGACGAGAAGUACCUUCCUUCUUCGGUGACAUGGUAUUUCGACAACGGCGCACUUUUGUACAAACGCGGUGAAGAGUCUAAUCCCACCCCCGUCGAGCCAACGGGAUCGAACCUCCCCCAAGGUGGCUCGAACGACGGCGAGUACUGGUUAGACCUACCAAAAGACAAAAAUGAGAAAGAGAAGGUGAAGAGAGGCGAUUUAGACUCCGUGCAGGCUUACCUGCAAGCAAAGCCAAUGUUCGGGUCAACAUUCACCGACAUUGCAGUAUGGUUUUUUUACCCGUUCAAUGGUCCCGCAAGGGCUAAAGUAGGGGCGAUCACGGUCGGAUUGGGAAACAUAGGCGAACACAUAGGUGACUGGGAGCACAUAACGCUCCGAGUUAGCAAUUUCAGCGGAGAAUUGCGGAAGCUCUACUUGUCACAGCAUAGCACGGGCGAGUGGGUUGAGGCUUCCGGGCUUGAAUUCUACGAAAACAAUGGCGGCGGCGACAGUGUUGGCGGCGGAAAAAGGCCCGUGACCUACGCGUCCCUGAAUGGACACGCAAUGUAUGCGAAGCCAGGGGUUGUGAUGCAAGGGACUGACGCGAUAGGAGUAAGAAAUGACACUGCCAAGAGUAACAUUGUUAUGGACACGGGUGCAAACUUCGAGGUGGUGGCAGCGGAAUAUUUGGCGGCCGGAGCGGUGGUGGAGCCGGCGUGGGUUAAUUAUUUGUGGAAGUGGGGGCCUGGGGAUGAUGGGCCAACCGGUCCUAAAGUUAAGGCAAGUUGGAAUGGAGAUGAACGAGUUUGAGAAUGCAGUAUGUAGUAAUUUCGAUUAAUUUGUUGUUUGUUGUCUUUGAAGUGUGCGGAUGUCGCUUAGUAUUCCAUAACUAUAUGCAUAACCCUCUCAUUUAGACCUCAAUUCCAGUCCAUAUUUCCCUAAUAAUAUUGUUAAUUACCCCAUAAUCCCGCUCUUAAUAUUAUGUAUAAUCUAUGUAACUUACGCAUUCUACUCUUACCCACAGUUCUUGUUCUCAGUCUAUAAAUAGAGAUUGUAUGAG